AUGAAUAAGCUGGAUCAGAAAAUGGAGGCAUUGCAGGUAAAGCUUAAAGAAACUCAGGAUGCAAUGGCAACAAAUCUUUACAGCACACAGCUGAUUGUAGAAGAGAAAGAGAUAAAGCUGGAACUGGAGAAAUGGGCUAUAAUUCAGGAGAGAGUCCUUAGACAAAUAUCCAGAGCUGUAUGGAUCACACGGGGUGAUUCAAACUCUAAGUUCUUCUAUGCUCAACUUAAAGCAAGGCAGUCCAAAAAUAAUAUUGAUACUAUAUGCAAUGAGCAGGGAGUUAAGCUAACAGAUCCAAAGCAAAGGGACCAACAACUGAUGUUGAUUCAACCAGUCACAAAAGAGGAUGUCCUACAGGCAUUGAAAGAGUUACCAAAUGAUAAGGCUCCGAGGGUGGAUGGAUUUAACGCAGAAUUUUACAAAGAAAAUUGGUAUGUAAUAGGGGAGGAGGUGAGCAUGGCUGUUCUCCAGUUCUUUGACUCUAGGAAAAUGCUAAAAGAAGCAAAUUGCACCACUCUCAACCAAGUGCCAAAAGUAACCAACCCUACUGAUUAG